AUGUUCUGUGACGAGGAGCACGACGGAGAUUUCUUGCCUUUACGACGAGGAGCUUCCCAGAUGAAGACGUUCAAAGGCUUGCGAAUCGCGACCUUAGACGUUUCGCCACGGUACUACUUCGAACCCCUGUUCCUCGCGAAUGAAGCCCUGAAGAAGGAAUUGCUCAAACAAUUCAGCCGGCUGUCCCUCUAUCUUCUGGACAGCCUGUACAAUUGCAACACGCUCGCCGUGAACGCACUCCUUCCCUUGUCGCCGCGGAAUAAAGGAUACUUCAGUCACCCACCCUGCAAUGACUCAAACGUGCUCCACGUGGCGAAGGUGAUCAGCUUCAAGCUCGACCCCGACGCUUUGGCAUGGCUGAGAUCGAGGAAGGAUAUCAAGGUGGUCCACUGGCUUCGAGACCCUCGCGGGAUAAUCAACUCCAGACUCCAGACUCUUCAUAGCGAUUUCCAGAGGGAUCCCUGGAUGCUGUGCGAUCAGAUUGGACACGACAUCCUCGCCAUCGACAGUCUUCCCCCUAAUCGACGGCGGAGAGUGAGCUACGAGGAAUUCAUGUCAAAUCCGAUCGAGAUCACGCGCGAUCUCUAUCGGUUCCUGGGGAUUCCUUGGCCAUCAGACGGGGACAAACGGGUCUUGGCCUACUUUGCAGAACCCUCGAGCAAGCAUCAUUCCAAGGACAUGAACUCAACCAUGUUCGACCCCUACCAUUGGAAACGGGACAUGAAGGAGGAGGUUAUUGUUACUAUCGAACGGGAGUGCGGGGCUGUGAUGGAUGCGCUCGGGUACCAGAGACUAGAGGCGACUGGGUCUCAGGGAGUUGAGGAGGUUCGUGUUGAAAAUCUCAUUGAAAAUCUUCAGAAAUCGAGUCAACACUCGAAUGAUGAAAAUGAAUAUGUUUUGGGAUUUCAUCAAUGGCAUCGGUGA